GGGCUGCCGCGAUCCUCCUGUGUUGAGUGUUCACCGUCACGGGGGCGAGUUUUUCGACGUUAAAGAUGACGGCGAUAUGACGUUAAAGCCGACUGUGAUGGACGUUAAAGGUAACGGCGGUUGUCGCUUUGCCAUUCUCGUUCUCCAGCUCGACUGAACCUGGAAGUCCGGUCUGGUUUCUGUUGGAUUUCCGGCGAAGCCUCGUCGGUGAAAAGCUUGAAGUCUGGAUUUAAUGGAGACUCUCUCUGAACUUAGUUCUGAUGAUGAAGGUUUCAGUGGGAGACUGGUUUGGACUGCAGGAAUGCUGGCAAUUGUAUGGUGGUAUGGAUUUGGAAUGGUUGGAACCAGUUCACAGUUCUUUUCAUCUGAAUUCUGAGCAAGACGUUGCUUGGGGAGCUUUGAAGGCGACAGAUAAUUUGAGGGCGUGAUCGUAAUCAGAAGAAUCCAUGUCUGACCGAUUUAAUUCAGAAUGUUUCAACUCCGCAACGACGAGUUUGGAGAAUUCGCUUUUGGGCAUUAGCAACUGUAGGCCCGAUUCUCAUGUUGCACAGCAAAGCCGUCGCGACAAGUUGAGAGUUCAGCAAAGCUCAAGUCAAGGUCGCCACCAUACGCAAGAUUUCUCCCAGCAUCUGGUGCAAGUACCCAGAGAUACCGGCGGAUUGAACCCAGAUCUGGUUCAAGUUCGGAAUGUUAGGAACUGCGGCGACCUUCUGUAUGACCCUACUAUCUUCUCCUCAGAGAUGCUCAACUUCUCAACGACGAACACCCAUUCCUCCUUAGCUCACAAACAUGGAAUGCUGCAUGAAGAAUCCGGGCCAGAUCGGCCUGGUAAGCCAGUAGGAGCUGAGGUUUCUUCUUUUGCUAAUUCAUCGUAUCCAAAUCCAUCCAACUCUAACCCUUUGGUUAAAGCCGGUGAUACCCACAACCCCAUGAUUUGGAAGGGUUUUGGGUCUCAGCAAAUCUGUGAUUGGAUAGUGAAUUAUGUGAAUGGACCGGCAAUUAAUGCAUGCAGUACUCAGAGCCCUUCACAAACUGGGGGAGUUUUAUCUGGCACGGUGAAUGAAAACAAAUCUUCUGCUUAUGCCCACUAUCCGAAGCCCGGUUUCAGUGGGUACCAAGAUGUUCAAUCAUCUUUGACCAACCCAUCCAGUGAAUUAUCUAGUAAAGAUUGCCAUAAACAGUAUGAAUCAAUGCAGUGCAGUUCUUCAUUUUACCAAAAUACCCUUCAUGAGGUUGUUGCACCUUCCUCCAAUGUUCAGAGCCAAGGUUCUGAAAUGGCUUCUCUUGUACAGCAAAACAUUAAUAGAGAAACUAGUUCAUGGAUGGAUGGAGCAAAUGAGCUGGUUCUUUUGCCAGUCUAUGAAAACCAGGCCAAUCCUUCUAGACUUAACAGCGCUGGUGCUUGGGCGGCACAGAGGCCAUUGGAUGGUAGUAAUCAGUGGAAUUCCAAUUUGGGCUUUGCGGAAAACAAAAUUGGAGGAGACUUGAGGACUGUUGCGAGUGAUUCUUCAUCUCAUCAGGCUCUAUCCUUGUCACUGUCCUCCCACCGAUAUUCUGAGCUGCAUGCAGCUCAGUUUGGGGAAAGAUUUGGGUCUGGAAUUUCACAAUCGAGGACUGGCAUUUCCAGUGGUUCUCAGGAUUUCAAAAGUAACAACCCUGGUUAUUUAUGCUCAAGUUUCAAGUCAUCAAUUGGUAAUAAAGGUUAUUAUAGAGAUUCAAUGGGAGGCGUUGUGAGCUUGUCUACCCAUGAACGCCGAAGUACGGGUCCCCUUGGGCCCUUCACUGGGUAUGCAACAAUUUUGAAGAAUUCAAAGUUCCUGAAGCCUGCCCAACAGUUACUGGAUGAAUUUUGCAGUGUAACUGGUCCAACGCUCAACAAGAUUUGUGAGAUGUCUGAGAAGAGAUUGGGAGACGUAAGCACUUCAUGUGAUACUGGGAAUGCUGGAAACGAGGUUAGUGUGAGGGGUGGUAAUUCUGGUGCCUCCACCUCAUUUUAUGGUUCUACUGAGGCGAGUGGUGAAGGUGGAGUUGGAAAUGGAUCUUAUGACCAGUCACAUCACCCUGAGUUCCAGCAAAGGAAAGCAAAGCUCUUAUACAUGCAGGAGGAGGUUAGCAGAAGGUACAAACAAUACCAGCAGCAGAUGCAAAUGGUGGUAUCAUCGUUUGAAUCGGUAGCUGGUCUCAGUGCUGCUACACCCUAUACCUCAUUGGCUUUGAAGACUAUGUCGAAACACUUCCGGUGCCUGAAGAUUGCCAUCUCAGAUCAGCUGAAACACAUUACAAAGAUCCUAGGAGAAGAUAUGUCAUCUGCCACAACUGGUACAAGUAGUAGUAAAGGUGAUACAAUGACCCCAAGGCUGAAGUUUGUCGAUCAAUACUUUCGGAAGCAGAAGUUAAAUGGGGAUAGUCUAGGCUUCCUUGAACCCCAGCAGCAUGUCUGGAGACCACAAAGGGGCCUUCCAGAACGUUCAGUUGCUAUUCUCAGAGCAUGGUUAUUUGAACAUUUCCUUCACCCGUAUCCAACUGAUGCAGAUAAACAAACGUUGGCUACUCAGACUGGGUUGACUCGAAAUCAGGUAUCAAACUGGUUCAUCAAUGCUCGGGUAAGAGUGUGGAAGCCUAUGGUUGAAGAGAUCCACAUGCUUGAAACCAAAGGUUCUGCUGAAAUGGACCUGAAUACUAGCAAGAACGAAAGCUGGGCUGCCUUCAGCAAUGAUGAUAGCGCCCCUCCAGGGGAUCAACCCAACAAUAAGCUCAUGGUUGAGCUCAUGUCUGAAAAACGACCAGAUUGCUUGGGAAUAGGUCCUGUGCUGAACACCGACGAUGGCAGGAAUCUUCAAAACUGGAAUCAAGGGAAGCAAUCGAGAAUGCAUUGCCAGCUUCCGGCGGGCAUGGACAAUGGGUUGAUAGGUUUUGUGCCAUACCAUCAAAGCGGGUUAUUAGACAUGGGGGGCCUUGGAGCUGUCUCUCUCACCCUAGGUCUGAGACACAGUGUUGAUGGCGCACAGCAGCAGCUGCAGCAGCAAGAGGAACGUCAUCUAAAGAGACAUUUUGGAGGUCAGAUGAUUCAUAAUUUUGGAGGAUGACUAGGUUCAUAGAGGAAGAUCGCCUUGAAAUUGCUGGGGUCAAAUAUGUUCUGCUCAUUUAAUUAUAUUCUCAAUUGGGUUUGAUGUUUGGUUGAUGCAAAUAACAUUAAUAUGUUAGCUGAUGAUCGGAUGGCACCAGUGAAGAUGGGUACGUCAGAGGAAACGUCUAUAAAAGAAGGCUUGGAGAGAUAGGAGCGGCAUGUUGAGAGAGAGCAAGGAUGAAUGGGAUCAUGCCAAUACAACAGACUGACAUUGUAAGGUAAAACAGGGAAAAGUAGAAAGGACUAAAGGAGCAGUGCCUCUCUUUUGUUUUGUUUUGGUUUUUUUUUUUUUUUGGUUCUUUGGUUUUAAUUAAUUUAAUAACACUCUUUUCAUCAAUUUGAUAAUUCAAUGCGCCGUGGUUAAUUAA